GUACACCCUAUUGGAUGGCACCGGAAGUGGCUGCUGUUGAGCGCAAGGGUGGCUACAAUCAAUUAUGUGAUAUUUGGGCUUGUGGUAUUACAGCAAUAGAAUUGGCUGAACUGCAACCACCUAUGUUCGAUUUACAUCCAAUGCGUGCUUUGUUCCUGAUGUCAAAAAGUGGUUUCAAACCUCCAACUCUCAGUAAUAAAGAGAAAUGGAGUCCUACAUUUCAUAAUUUUGUAAAAACAGCUUUAACAAAGAAUCCUAAAAAACGUCCCACAGCCGAAAGACUACUCCAGCAUCCGUUCGUUCAGGGUGAAAUGUCUGUGCGAGUGGCCAAAGAAUUGCUCAAAAAAUAUAUGAAUCCAAAUCAACAGUUUUACUAUAACUGGGAUGGUGAUGAAGAG